AUGGAUCCAGAGGGGCAGGAAAAAGCGGAAGGACAAGAAGAUACCAAGAGGCGCAAGAGCAAGGAGGAACGCCGGAAAGAGAAGCUCCAGAAGAUGCUCGCGCACAUGCUGUCCGAAGAGAAUGUCCGGGAACAGCUGUCCGCAUGGCAGAACUGCAUCGACCCGGCCUCGUUUGUCCUGAACGAAUUCGCGUUCUCGGGGCCGCUCUACGGCCGCUUUCUCGAGCGCCUGUACGAGCACCGCCGAGCGAUUAAAGCUCCGAUUGCAAAAAGGAGCAUCUGGCGCUGCUUUGGGAGUCCCAGAAACGACGCGGCUCACCCCUCCUUGCUGCGCCUCGUUUUUCACGGGACUCCCGACCAGAACGUGGAGUCCAUUCUGCUGCUCGGAAUGCGCCCUUCUAAACGGCGCGCAGACCGACGGUGCGACUGGUUCGCUUACGAGCCGGCGUUUUCCAAAAGAUUCACCGUUUGUAAAGAGACCAAGACUCGGGGAAAGAGGCUCCUGGUGUUCUUGGUGUUACCGGUCAAGAAAGCUGUGCUCCAUAACAGCAAUAUGGAGGACGUACUCACGAUGAAACAUGCGUCCUACCAACUGCCCGUCGGAACGGUUGAGUUUGUGCAAGCGCCCGCGGCGCAAACCUGA